ACAAUAAUUAACAAAUCUUGUUUUACUACCGAUAGGAUAUAACAGUAAUCAUAGAUUUAUCUGCGCUAUGCAUCCAAAAAUAUCGUAGCCGCUACUAAUCUACAACAUAUGAAGCUACACGACAGCGCGUGCUGUGUCACCUGUGUGUCCCCUGUGUGUCGCACACAGGUGACACACAUAGGCGUGUCGCACACAGGUGACAUACAUAGGCGUGUCGCACGCAGGUGUGUCGCACAUAGGUGUGUCGCACCCAGGUGUGUCACACACAGGUGUGUCGUACACAGGCGUGUCGCACGCAGGUGUGUCGCACAGAGGUGUGUCGCACACAAGUGCGUCACACACAGGUGUGUCGCACACAGGUGUGUCGCACAUAGGUGUGUCACACGCAGGUGUGUCGUACACAGGUGUGUCACACACAGGUGUGUCGCACACAGGUGUGUCGCACACAGGUGUGUCACACAUAGGCGUGUCGCACGCAGGUGUGUCGCACACAGGUGUGUCGCACGCAGGUGUGUCGCACACAGGUGUGUCGCACAUAGGCGUGUCACACACAGGCGUGUCGCACAUAGGUGUGUCACACACAGGUGUGUCGCACACAGGCGUGUCACACGCAGGUGUGUCGCACACAGGUGUGUCGCACACAGGUGUGUCGUACAUAGGUGUGUCGCACGCAGGUCUGUCGCACAUAGGUGUGUCGUACACAGACGUGUCGCACACAGGUGUGUCACACACAGAUGUGUCGUACAUAGGUGUGUCGCACACAGGUGUGUCACACACAAGUGCGUCACACACAGGUGUGUCGUACACAGACGUGUCGCACAUAGGUGUGUCGCACGCAGGUGUGUCGCACAUAGGCGUGUCACACACAGGCGUGUCGCACGCAGGCGUGUCGCACACAGGUGUGUCGUACAUAGGUGUGUCACACGGCGGACUAGCUACCGUAGCGUAGGUGCUCCUGCUGCGAGACGGAGUUACCGUACGGCUAGUGCUGGAGCACGUAACAAUCCGCUACGCAAUGCAACAGACGCAUAGCGACGCCACGAUACGCUACACAACGACACAAACGGCGACGCAACGACACGCGCAUUGUUCCGUGACGCAACGGAAGCUGGCCACGUCACGCAACGCUCUGCCACGUAACGCAUCAGACUGCUAUGCAACGCAACGUUCUGUAACGCAACGUAUCAGACUGCUAUGCAACGCAACGUUCUGUAACGAAACGCAUCAUACUGCUGCUAUGCAAUGCGCGUUAUAUGCUGCUGCGUAACGCAACGUUCUGGAAACGAAUCGCAUCGACUUGCGGUGUAACGUAACCGGCUGAUACGUAACGAUACAGAGGCAGACUGCUACGUUACGCAUCAGUCUGUCACGCAACGGCAUAUGCAGCUUACAACAGCUUCGUCCGGGUCGGUUACAAGCUAGCACGCCAUUCGGCAAACCUCGGGCGAAUCCGGUUGUUUCCGUGGUCCGCCAUUAACCGGGCUGUAUAUCUCACGCGUGGAUAUACGCGUGUCUAUUUGCACGUAAGUGCGAGUAGAUAUUUAUGGUAUCACUUGUGUUGAUAUUCGUCCGCGUGUCACAUUUCGUGAUCCAUCGGAAUUUGACCGAAUUACUGUCAAGGAAUCAUAUAACUCUGAUUUUCUCAUAAACUUGAUCCGUGACAGUGCAAUUUAUAAUUUCACCGUAAUCUCGAAUGUCGAGUCGUCGGUUCUGACACGAAUAACCACUCCAGGAACGAAAAGUUAAUUUUUUUCUGGCUGUAGUACUCGCUAUAGCACAGCUAAGCUUUGACGUGGCUACGGAAUCAUCCGAGGUUUGGCGUAGAUACGGAAUUAGCCGAGGUUUGGCGUAGAUACGGAAUUAGCCGAGGCUUGGCGUAGCUACGGAAUUAGCCGAGGUUUGGCGUAGCUACGGAAUUAGCCGAGGUUGGACGUAGCUACGGAUUCAGCCGAGGUGUACCGAGCGUCCCACAAGACACCAUAAUUUCAUAGAUCUACCUAUAAACAAUUUGUUUAUAUAUACAACAUUAUUUUAUAUAUAACAGAGUUCAUAAAUAGAUCUAUGAUAACAUAUACAUUGUACAUAACAACGACAACACAUUGUAUAACUGUCGGCGCUGAACAUCCGCUUCCAUCACGUGACGACACCUACUCCAUCAUGGCCGCCAUCUACGCUUCCAUCAUUUGACGUCACCCGCUCCAUCAUGGCCGCCACCUCCGAUUCCAUCAUGUGACGUCACCCACUCCAUCAUGGCCGCCACAUGGCUGCGUUAGCUAUCGCUCCCAUCGUGGCGCGUGUGAAUGCGUACACAGUGACGUUUUUACAAUCCGUCACACAAGCGAAAUAAAUGCAGCUUUACGUCAACAAUAACAUCUCGUAAUGUCGUAACAUGCAGUAAUUUCAAAGUAACACCAUGUGUUACGACGAACACGGGUGUUGCUGCGGUCCAAGUAACUGCAGCUAACACCAUUGUCAGACAUGCUAAUAUCGGUGUCAGCGCCAGUAAGUUAGUACUGUAACAGUAAGCCAGUACUGUUAGCUAACACCAUUGUUACACAUGAUAACUCAGGUGUUAGAUCAGGCCUAGUAACUGUUAGCUUACACCAUUGUUACACAUGAUAACUAAGAUCUUAGGUCAAGAUAAAGUCUAGUAACUGUUUGCUAACAUACGUGUCGCUUCACCUCUAUCGUUAGAACAGAUAGAAUUCCGGCCUAACAAACAGAUAUGCAUUCGUGAAGGUGCCUUUGAAAAAAGCACCGAUUAGUGUUAUGGACCAAUACGGGGAUUACCCCUUGAAAACAUGUCUAUAAUAGAAACGUCCAGACAAUAAGCUACACAGGACUAAUGUUCUUAAAUAUGACACUGGCUUUACAUACACCAUCAUUGUUUUUUGCACAAAGUCACAAUAGUUACUUUGGUCUCUCGCUGCCGACAUUACUUGUCGCAAAGUUGUUUUUAUAUAUCUAUAAUAUAUAUCUAUAUAUUUUUUACGAUAAUAAUUUCAUGUUCUACGUACUCACUCCCAACAGAUAUCGGGAAACGUUAGCAACGAAAACAAUAGAACACUGCUUGUUUAGAUGCUUGGUGCCUUGUAUGUACAGCGUAUAUAUGGACACCAGAGCGCGAAGCUGCCUCUACAAAAUCGCAAACCUCGCUCUUCGUUCUCACGUAUUAAGGGCUUAUAUGUCUAAAACUCACAUCAUAUGAUAACAGUUCUACGCUUAUAUUUACAUCAUUAGGCACCGUCAUCUCCCGGCACAGUAACUAACCGAUCUAUAUAUGCACAUACAUAUCUAUCUAUCUAUAUAUGAGGCGUACCACAACAUGUGCAGAAAUAGCUUUUUGUAUAUGACACCGCGAGUGGAUGAAGGUAGAGGGAUAGAUUUUAACGAAGCGGUAAGCUUCUAGCAGGGAAACAAGAUGUCGAUAUAAGUAUACAAAGAUUGGCAAGGUUACUCGCUGCUAGGCAACCGCAAUACAAUGUAGUUUGCUUUAUAUACCAGGCGAUAAAAACGGGUAUCGGUGCGCAUGCGAGACUUAAUUAAGGUUUCAAUGCAGACGAUAUUAACUAGCUGUACUACGAUAUACAUGGCCGUUAGAAAAGAGAUGUCAUAGAGGAGGCACGCAGUAUUAAACAUGACGAUAACAAACAUAUCAUGACCGUGAUGUCGAGAAUUAUUCUGUUACGCCUAAAAACGAUCAAUUAAAAAUAUCUCUGCUCUCCGGGCUUUCUCUAUUCGCUGACUAGUGGAGACACAAACAAGUAAAAUGGCGACAGAUUAACAUAACAUGAAUUCGAUUUAGUUCGACUAAUCUGUCUGAUAUUCCCCGGUCUCUGUUUGAUCGCUGUGCUAGCCAUGACCCGGCAUAGUCUUUCUCCUACCAACAUCACUGUCUUAUACCCCUUCUAUCCCCAUAACUGCUUUAUACCCCUUCUACCACACCAAUGUCUUAUCCUCCUUCUAUCCCCAUUCCUGCCCUAUACUCCUUCUAUCUCCAUCACUGUCUUAUGACUCUGUUAUCCAAUAAAUGCCUCAUACCCCAUUUAUCACUGCCGUAACCCCUUCUACCACACCAAUGUCUUAUACUCCUUCUAUCCCCAUCCAUGCCCUACUUGUCUGCUAUUUCUGCUGUUAGGUACGCAGCAGCGAAAGCAGCCUACAGUCCCUAUUAUUAUGGUCUGUCUACUAAACCCUUCCAUUUCUAAUAAAUUGUUUGCUAGCCGCCAUCCUAUACGAUUGGAAUGCUAGCUUUCUCACACCUCAUCUGGUUAACAAAAAUCCGGUUAUUUAAAAUAUGAACGCGGCGUAUAUGAAGAGUCACUG